UUGAUUUUGUUUUUGUGCCGUAUUUGACAGAUUUACUUUAUUUUACGAAAAACUACAAUCUGUAUUUAAUUUCUAGUUAAAAAGAAGAGUUUCUUAGGUAAGUUUUCAAACGAAUGUGGAUAAAAUUUUUGUGUUCUGAAAUCGACUUCAAAUAAAUAUGGAUGAAAAUGAAACAAAUCAUGACAACAGAAGUGAAGAUGCGUCAAAAACUGAGGAAAAAUCGGAAGAAAACGCCAAAAGAUUUAAAGCCAGCGACUCUGGUUUAGGUAGGUCAGAAGAGUCAUCGAGUUCGUCAAGCAAUACUGACCAAGAGAAUGCCAGCACCAGCACUGACAUAAAAAAUGGUGUUGGUGAUUCAGAAGCGGUAGCUCCCUCCGUUACAUUUCGCUUGUCCAAUUCUAAGAAUCGGAAUUACCGGAAUAAUCACGCAAGUGACAGUGGAGAUCGUGAUGAUCCAAUGGGUGAUGAUGAAGAAACCCCAAGAGUAGCAGUAGCAGAACUUCCAAUGGAAGAGGGAGACGAGGAUGAUAAUGAUUGGGAAGACUAUGAUGAGGAUGAUGAUGAAGAAGAUAUUGAAGGAAAUACAUCCAGCGAAGACACUCAUUUAUUUUCUGAUAGCAGUGAUGACUCGACCAUAAUUCUUGAUACUGAUGAAACAGAUAUUUCUGAUCAUCCUCUAUUUAAAAAAGAAAAACCAAAACAUUGGUGGUCUGCCAUUAACGAAAUUAAUAAGAGACAGUUAGGUUAUAGUUCUAAAUUACAAAGUCGUGAACUUUUUCAAAGAAGAUGUUACGGAUCUUUGCAUUGUGUAAAACGUUUAGAAUUAAUGUAUAAAUUGGAGGAGCACGCGGGUUGUGUAAAUAGCUUAAAUUUUCACCCAGAUGGUUCCUUGUUAGCUAGUGGAGCUGAUGAUUUAAAAGUUGUUAUUUGGGAUUGGAAAGUAGGUAAAACCCUGAUGAAAUACAAAACGAAACAUAGGGGUAAUGUCUUUCAAAGCAAAUUUUUGCCCUUAUCGGGGGACUUACAUAUUGCAUCAUGUGCAAGAGAUGGACAGGUCCGCCUUGCUCAGUUAUCCAAAGAAGAGGGUGUACGUAAUGCAAGAUUAUUGGGAUCUCACAAAGGACCAUGUCAUAAGUUAAUUGUGCUUCCAGAACAACCUCAGGUUAUUCUUAGUGCAGGAGAAGAUGGCGCUGUUCUCAAUCACGAUGUCAGAGGCCCAAAGAGCACCAAAAUUGUGACAGUUAAGGAGGAUACAAAGACAAUAGCAUUGUACAGUAUACAUGGCCAUCCUUUAAAGUCACAUGAAUUCUGUGUUAGUGGUAGAGAUUCAAUUGUUAGAGUUUAUGACCAAAGAAAAUGUAAUAAACCUUCAGCUACCUUCACACCAUUUACAAAGGUAAAAGGUAAAAGCCAUGGUAGAAACUAUCAUGUAACUUGUGCAGUGUACAAUCACAAUGGCUCUGAAAUUUUGGCAUCAUACAGUGAUGCGGAUAUUUAUUUGUUUGAUACAAAAGAUCCAGAACCAGGUAAAUUUAUUCAUCAAUAUCAGGGUCACCGAAAUGGAGCAACUAUAAAAGGUGUCAACUUCUUUGGCCCAAAGUCAGAAUUUGUAGUUAGUGGUUCAGAUUGUGGACAUAUAUAUUUUUGGGAAAGAAAUACUGAGGCUCUUGUACAGUGGUUGCUUGCUGAUGAUAAUGGAGUUGUCAAUUGUCUUGAACCGCAUCCUCAGUUACCAUUUAUUUGCACUAGUGGAUUGGAUUGGGAUGUAAAGGUGUGGGUACCCUCUUGUGAGGAGGAACCUACAAUGGAAGGUUUAAAAAACACAGUCAAAAAUAACCUGAAAACCAAGUUGAACAAUACGGAUGCGUCAGACAUUAAUGAGAGCCAAAUGUUGUGGAUGUUGUGGAGGCAUCUUAGAAACACCAGUAGGCUAAGGGCAUCAAAUUUGCUUAAUGUUAGGGACUUCUUCCACACCUAUUCGGAUUCUAAUUCUUCAGGAUCGGAAAGCAUGAGCAAUUCUGACGGCUCAGACGACGACUUGGAUAGGGCACCAAAUUGUAAUACUUCUUAAUCAACGAACAAGGAAAUGGUUAUUUCAGCAUUGUUUUCUAGCCUGUUCUCUAUUAUGUUAUAGUUACACCUACAUUACUUAUUAAAAUUACCAACUUUUAUUAAUCAUUUUAUGAAAUGUAUAUGUAAAAUGUUAACUAAAGUAUUAACAUUUUCAUAAAUAUGUGAUUUAGUUGUAUGAAUUUAUUAUUACAUUUCAACUAGGAAAUAAAUUUGUAUGAUACAUGUGA